AUGGCGAGCAACCCGUUUGACGAGCAGCCGGACUAUGGCACUGUUACUGGGCAGAGUACUGGCUUCAGGACUGGUAGACUCUUGUACACAGUGGUAUGUGGCGUGAUCCCUGGCGUUUCCGUUAUUAUAGACGAGUUCUCGCGAGUUCAGCUGAAGGUGGCCAGUGACGCCCAAGAAAUAAAGAGAUUGACUGGGACCCUGCUUAGGUUGGCCCAACAGGUAGGGACGUCCAGUGAUGGGGAAGAGCUACGAAGACAUGUGCAUAAUGCACAGAAAUCUGCAGUGGAACACAUUCAGAGCUCCCAGGCUGGUCUAAAGGAACUUAUGAGUAGUGCUGCUAAUCCAGAGCAGCAAAUAGCUGCCAAGUCUCUUGUACGGCAAGUGAAGCAGGCCGGAGAUGAGUGUAGCAAUGCUAUGGAAGCACUCCUCAAGCAAUUGAGCAAGCAUCAGACUGUUGCAACUCGUUUGGAUCCAACCCCUGGAGGUUUCCUGGACUCAGGAGAACUGGAUGUGGAGGAGGACAGAGCCCGUCUCCUGCGCAGCCCUGCCGAGCAGGUCAUGCAGCAGGAGUUUGUUGUGUCUAGUGAGGCAGUGGAGGCAGAGUCUCGAGCGACUGCCAUGCAAGAUCUGCAGAGAGACAUAGUUGACAUGCAUGGUGUGAUGAGGGACCUUGGCAUCAUGGUGAACUCACAGGGAGAGAACGUUGAGAAUUUGGAGGCCCAUGUAGAGAGAGCACAUGCUGAGGUUACCCAUGGCAAUCAGCAAUUGGGUAGUGCAGUCAGAUACAAGAAGUGUUCUCGAAAGCUCUGCUGUGUCAUAUGGACCAUACUGACAAUUAUCUUUUUGAUAAUUGUGAUAGUAAUCAUUAUUGUUGUAGCUGUUAUUAAGGGUAGUAAUUGAACUGUGAUUGUUUGUGAAACUUGUGUGUGUUUUUGUGUUGUUGAAAAAUACAAACAAAACUAUUUGUGAUGAGAGUGACCGUAUUUCGAAGUCCAGUCAAUUCUUCCGUGAAUAUGGCCUUUAUUUUGAGAACUGGCUGCUAAUGUGGAGUGGUAAGUGGGAGGUUUGGCCCUAGCCUUGGGAGGCUGCCUGAUCUGCCAGUUCCCCACUCUUCUGUGUGGAACUGAUAGUAGGGGUGGGCAUGCUC